AUGGCUUCCUCCGGGCUCUCCCGCGGAGCCCUCCUGGCGGCCGCGGGGGCGGCGGGGGCGGCGCUGGCGGUGGGCUUCCUGGCCGGCAGAAGAUACCACGGCUCAGACUGGUUCGUCUUCGGCAUCUCCAGCCCUUUCUCCGGCUUCUUGCAAGGGAACGACAACCUACACAAAUACGUUGUGGAUCACUCCGUGCGAGAGCACCCUCUUUUAAAGAAGCUGAGGCUGGCUGCCUCUGGUCCUCCUGGCAAAAAGCUCUGGGUCUCCCGUGAUCAGGCCCAGCUGGUGGCAAACCUGAUCAGACUUGUUGGAGCAAAAAAGGUAAUUGAGAUAGGAGUUUCUGCCGGGUACAAUACUUUGAGCAUGGCUCUAGUCCUUCCGGAGGACGGCAGAAUUGUUGCCUGCGACAUAAACGAAGACUUGGCCAGUAUUGGAAAGCCAGUGUGGAAAGAGGCCGGAGUGCUACGCAAGAUCGAUCUAAGGAUAAAACCAGCCAUUGAAACAUUAGAGGAACUUCUGGCCAAUGGUGAAGCUGGAACCUUUGACCUGGCGUUCAUCCACGCGGACAAAGAGAGUUACAACGAUUACUACGAAAAAUGUCUGCGGCUCAUAAAAAAGGGGAAGUUAUUAGUUCUUGACAACGUUUUGGUAUCAGGAAAAGUUCUUAAACCGGGCAAAAGUGACCGCGCAGCCCAACAUAUUCAUCAAUUAAAUGAGAAGAUCUUCCAUGAUCCUCGUGUGAACAUAAGCAUGAUCCUGAUUGGAAACGGGAUAACUUUAGGAUUUAAGCUGUAGUGAAGGAGGGGAAGGAAGGUAGGAUGUGCUGAGCACCCUCAAUCCUCAGGGAUACUAAUUUAGAGAUGUGAAAUUGUCUAUAUUUUGUCCUUGUUUCUUUAAAUGUGUUUAGGGUUGCAUUGUGCAUUACACAAAUUA